AUGGGAUUACAACCGCUUAGAGUUGAACGCGGCAUACCUAAAACAAAUGUUUUUCUUGAUAGAAGUAGAAUUUAUUCUUCCAUCAUAGAUCAACACGUUAAUGAUAAACAUGAAUUAAUUCAAUUAAAUAAUCGUUUCGCUAAGUAUACUGAUCGUGUUAAACAAUUAGAAAUAAUAAAUAAAAAAUUGGUACGAGAUAUAAAUGAAUUGUCUGGUUAUUGGAGUUCAAAUUCCACUCGUAUAAAAUUAGAAUAUGAACCAAAUUUACAAAAUAUACGACAAAAAUUGAAUCAAACAACAGGUGAUAGUGUACAAAUUUUAAGACGUCCAGAGAGAGCUGAAAUUGAUAGGAUAAAUUAUAAACAUCUAUAUGAUUAUAACCAACAAUGGAUAAAACAACGUCAAGCAAAAAUAAAGAUGUUAGAAGCAACAGUAAAAGAAAAUCAAGUAGAAUUAGGUAUAUGA